AUGCAAGUCGUUACAGAAUUUCGUACUAUAAGGUACGUGCUGGUGCCGGAGGAGGAAGCGCAGGACGCGUUCGAGCUGCUGGCGGACGGCACGCUGCACGUGCCCGGCACGCAGCCCGCGCCUUUCCCGCGCGAGCAGUACUGCAUGGAGACCUGGAUGGACGCGGACGCCAACACCACCGCCACCCUCACCUUCCUGUGCUUCCCCAAGCCCUUCAGCCGUUGUAUUCCACGUGAUUCCCGCAACCCUGACAUUUCAGCGACGGUGGAUAGCGAAAAUCGCCAGUUAAGUCUCCACGGCGCUUACAGCUGGCUGCUGGUGUCGGUGCCGUUCCUGCUGGCGACGGUGUGCGUGUACCAGUGGAUCCGCGAGCUGCGCGACCUGCACGGGCGCGCGCUGUGCUGCUACGCCGGCUGCAUGGCCGUCGCCUACCUGGCGCUGGCCAUCGUGCAGCUCAGCGGCCAGGGCCUUGGCCAGACCCCGUGCACCGUCUUUGCAUAUAUCAUCCAGUUUUCAUUCGUCAUGUGCUUUUUCUGGCUAAACAUCUUGUGCAUUGAUGUCUGCUGGUAUAUACUAGCGUUCACUGGCGCUAUUGGCUAUUAUCCUUGCCUGCCACAAUGGCAAUUUUGGGAAACAAGAGGCUGGCUGCGUGUCGAAGAUGAAAACAUUGACAGAUACCAAGAGCAGAUUUUUGCAAGAAAAGUGUUUUAUGGAUAUGCCACAUAUGCAUGUGGAUUGCCGAUUAUUCUAUUAAUUAUUGUCAUAGCUCUUGAUUUAAAUCCGGCGUUGCCUAUAUCGUAUCUUAAGCCAAGUAUGGGAGAUCUUGUGUGCUGGUUUAGUAUAAGUAACUUGAAUUUUGUAGAUGAACAAGGAGCACUACAUUAUUUUUAUGGACCAAUUGGCUGCAUCCUCGCAGUAAAUGUGGUAUUAUUUUGUAUAACUAUGUAUCGAGUUGCAAAACAUAAUUGGAAUAGCAGAGGUCCUCACAGGAAGCCAAAACAGAGGGCACGCAUGUGCUUGGUGCUCUUCCUUGCAAUGGGCAUUAGCUGGAUUAUGGAAAUUAUAUCUUGGGCUGUUGGAGGACCACCAUUUGUUUGGGCUGUUACUGAUGCUUUCAACGUCCUUCAGGGAGUAGUUAUCUUCAUAAUAUUUGUGAUGGAACCCCGAGUCAGAGUUUUGGUUUGCAAAAAGUUAAGUAAGAGGAGAAGCUAUUUCUCCAAUUACUGAACAUUAUAAUGAUUUUACAAUUGAAAAGAAAUACUAAUUGAGUAAAAUAGAAUUGGAAAAAUUAAUGAAAUAUUUUCAAUAUUACAUUGGAAUAUAUUAUUUCAAUCUUAAUAAUCUUCUGUAUGUUAACAAAAAACUCAAGAAAAACAAUUCAGCAGAUAUUCACAAUGUUCCUAUUACAUUUCAUAGUCAUUGAAUUAUUAAUAACCAUUGAGGCAAGAAUUGAAUGUAUUAGUAAGUAAGUAAAGUAGUGUACUUUGUCAAGAUAAGUCAAAUAACAAAUUUCAAUGAAUUAUUUAAAUGAUGACGAAGAAUAUAAAUCAAAGAACUGAAAUUUGAUUGAAAAUGUUCAUUGAAAUUUAUUGAAGCACCAGAAUUUAAAUAAAUACUGGUACCAACAAAAAUGAUUUAAUGGUUUACAUUGCAAUUGUUUCAUUCUAAGAUAUCAAAGAUUUUAUUCAUUACAGUUACCAUAAAUAUUAAACCAUAAAGUGGAUCAUAAAAAUAUAGGAAAGAUGACAUUGUUUAUAACAAUUCCACAAUUUAAUUCUUUUUCCUUUUUUUAUUCAAGACUAUUGAUUGACAUUGAUAGAUUUCCAAAUACCGCAUUUCCCUUGACAUUUUCUGCACUGUAAUGUUCAAUACUAUUCACACAGAAACUUUUUUAGUACCAUUAUUAGCAAUUACAAUACCUACUAUUUAUUAUAGGCCGAAUUAUUUUGUAACAAAAUUAUUUCCAUAGGAAGAAUAUACCUCAUAUAUUUCACCUCCAAAUUCAAGAUGGAAAGCUCUGUUGAAAUAAAUUACUAUGUUUUUUCAAACAAAUCAGUGCAUAAUAAUGUUAAAAACGAAAAUGAAUGUUGCAAUUGUUUUUGCAAAAAAUUACAAAUAGCAUUACAGUCUUAUUUAUUAACAUCUUGAACUGGAAAAGAUGUUAAAGUAAUUUGAUUGACUCUCAUGCUACUGUGCUCAAGCUUCUUGCUUGCAAUAAUAUAAUGAAUUUGUAGGAGUUGUCUGCAACAAAAUUAAUGAAGUGGUUUGAUCAUAAGAGUUUAGCAGCACAAUCUCUGACAUUUGUACAUAUUUUUUAUUUAUGUUUUUGUAUAUAUGUUUUCAAAAUGUCACUUAUGUUUAUACUUUUGUACGAAAGAAUAAUGUCAGAAAGGUAGACAAAUUGCAUUUGAUUAAAAUCUUAUAUUCUUUCUGUUAAUUACCCAAUCUAUGAAAUACUAUGAAAAUAUAAUGACCUCAAAGUAUCUUAUAUUAAGAUACAAUUGUGCUUGAAUGAUAAUGAAUUAUUACUGUACUAUUCAAAUAAAUAUUCUAAAAGUGG